CUUGUUACACAUACGAAAAGUUCGUCAGUUUCAUUUGGCAUUACAUCAAACAUUCUAAAAAUAAUCGAUGAUAAAGAAAACUAAACAUUCAUAUAUAUUUGACAUUAUAUGUAUAUAUAGAAAUUCAAGCACAUGAAUCACCACCGCUUCUAUGUUAAUUAGUUAGAAACCAUAAAUCAUGACUUAAAUCAAUCACACUUCAUUUCGAUGAGAACAAAUCUAAAGCUUGUAAUGAAAGCACAAAAUUUCCAGAUGUGGGCACACUGAACACCAUCAGAAUACCAUCUGAUUACGGAAUAUACUUAAACUUAUAUAUCCAAUACUAUAUAAAAACGAUUUAAACAUUAUUUUUCCAAAUAAUCUGUGUUCUUAAGAAAAGUGUACAAAUAAAAUGAAAACAAUUUUUGCAACUUAUCUGCAACUCUUCUUAUUAGUCAGAAAGAAUAAUUUAAUAAAAUUUAAGGUAGUAAAUACCUAAAGAAUUUGAAUAAAAGAAUAUUUAAAACUAUCAACUAAAAAAUUCUUAAAAAGAAAUUAUCGUAAAUUACUACAAUAGAGAACUUAAACUACCGAACGUAAGGUUCUUUAGCAGUGAUCAUGUCUUCAGAGGCAAGCGCCUGCUCCGGAUUCUUUCAAGAAUCUUUAAAUCAAUAUUUUCAACAAUUGAAUGCUAAUGCCGCAGCUAUAAAUAUCGGAAGCAACGGUGGUAGCGGUGGUGGCAAUAAUAGUGAUAGCGGCAAUGAUAGCAACACUACAAGUGGCUCAGGUAUUGAUAACAACAAUCGGAGUAGUAUGAGUAGUAAUGAAUCAACAAAGUCAACAGUAAAUGGACAAUGGAAUAAUAAUUUACAACAACCGCAUCAACAACAGCAACACCAACAACAUCAUCAGCAGCAGCAACAACAACAACAACAACAGCAACAUAUGCAACAACAAGUGCAGCAACAACAUAAUCAUCAGCAUCAACAACAUCAGCAGCAACAACAACAGCAACAGCAACAACAACAGCAGCAUCAUAAUCAGCAACAACAGCAACAGCACCACCAUCAUCAUAAUAAUAAUAAUAAUCAUCAACAGCAGCAACAGCAACAACAACAACAGCAACAGCAUCAUCAUCAACAACAGCAGCAGCAACAGCAACAACAGCAGCAACAGCAACAGCAGCAGCAACAACAACAACAACAUCAGGCACAGUCACAAUUAUCCGCUUUAAGUCAUUCAAUAACACAAAAUCUCAAUGCUUCAUCGAAUAAUGCUGCCGCUGUGGCAGCAGCUGCUGCUAACGCGGCUGCUGCAACAAAUAUGCAUUCAAUUUUUGGUACUGGCAAUUUUCAUUAUAAAACAAAUAAUUCGUGGAGCAUACCGACAUUAUCAUCAUAUCAGCGUAUGUAUAAUGAGAAUUCUCAUUAUCAACGCAACUUUAACUCAAGUGACACAGCAGCAGCAGCUGCCGCCGCCGCCGCCGCCGCUGCAGCUACAAAUGCACAAAACAGUUGCAAUGCAAAUCUAAAUACAAAUGUUAACAAUGCAAAUGCUGCAGCAGCUGCAUCUGUGCAACACGUUGCAAAUGCUGUUGCAGCAGCUAUUGCCAAUGAACAUCAAAAUCAUAUACACAGUUUAAAGGCACGAUUCCCAGCAACAAAUUCAGGUAAGGAAAUUUGUCAUGUCGUAAGUCAUUAUUAACCGACUGCAUUAAUUCGAUUUUUACAUGAAUUUCACUUGGUAAGCCUUAAAAUUCAAUUUAUUUUUAGUUGAUCUCAGUGAUUUGUAAAUUUGAAUGUUAGUUUUCUGUUACAAAUUAUGUGACAUUUAAAGACGUGUCAUUAAUUUAUCGAAUUUGGCGAAUCGUAGGA